CAAGAAGAGGCAAAUUCAUUUUUCUAUCAACAGCCAAUAGGGUUUCUCCAUCUGCGCCUAUUGAAUACCUAACGUUGAAAAAAGCUGAUUUGGCUCAAUUCCUAAAAUGUCGGGACAGGGUGAUCGGUAUAAUAUUUUCCCAUCAAGAAUGGCCCAAACAGCCAUGAAAAGUAGAUUGAAAGGCGCUCAAACAGGUCACAGGCUUUUAAAACGGAAGUCGGAUGCGUUGACUGUUCGUUUUCGUGGCAUACUGAGGCAAAUUAUUCAGGCGAAGCAAACGAUGGGUGAGGUGAUGAAAGAGGCGAAUUUUUCACUCGCUAGCGUCAAGUUUACAACAGCAGCGAAUAUUAAUAGUAUUGUCCUUCAAAACGUCACCAAGGCUCAGCGAAAGGUUAAAACAGAUAAAGAAAAUGUUGCUGGUGUUCAGUUGCCAGUAUUCAAAGUGUUUGUGGAAGGGUCUGAUACUUACGAGUUAACAGGUCUAGCAGGAGGUGGUCAGCAAAUUGACCGAUUAAAGAAAAAUUACAGUAAAGCUGUUGAUCUACUUGUUGAAUUGGCAUCUCUUCAAACAUCAUUUAUAACACUUGAUGAUAUUAUAAAAGCAACAAAUCGUCGUGUCAAUGCUAUUGAAUUCGUUAUUAUACCAAAAAUUGAACGUACACUGAAUUAUAUUACACAAGAAUUAGAUGAACGUGAGAGAGAAGAAUUUUACAGAUUGAAAAAAGUACAGGAGAAAAAGAAACGUAAUCGUGCCUUAAAAGAAUCUGAAUUAAAAGCUAAAGGCUUCCAGUUAGCUUCAGUAGAUCAUGCACCGAAUAUUCUUAAUCAAGAUGAAGAUGAAGGACAAAUCCUCUUUUAAAAGUAGUGAUGCAACAAGUUAUGAACAGAAUUAGACCGAUCACGUUUUAACACUACAAUCGAUCCAUUUUAGGAUCAGAUAUUAAUGCAUAAUAUAACUAAUUAUAUUUGUAUAGACCAGUUAGUCACUACACUAUUUUGGCAUAUAUAUAUAUAUAUAUAUAUAUAUAUGUGAAUUAGCUGUGUUAUCCUUUCUACUCCUUAUGUCAUUUGAAGUUACGUAAUAAUUUUUGACAGAAGGGCUGAUUUCUUCCUUUACUGUUUUUAUUUUAAACAUAUAUAUAUGCAUAAUAUUUAAUUUUUGGGUGAUUUUGUUUUUUCGUGUGUGUGUGUGUGUAUUAUUUCAAAGUGAUUAUUUAUAUAUAAAGUGGAUAUUACUCAAAAUAAAAGAUAUUUUAAUUAUUA